AUGGCAAGUGGCCCCGUGGGAGUGAAGCGCAAGCACGGCCAGAUCAACGGUCCCAAGCAAUUCGUUUGUGAUUUUGCCGGCUGUGGUGAGACUUUUACCGGUCCGGAAUAUCUUACAUGCCACUUGCGCUCACACUCGAAGCAAAACGCACCACCAACGAGCUAUGAGGGCUGGAAGCAGCACUACAAGUAUAAACACAUCUUUGGGCUUCCGGACGGCCAAGUCUGGAGCUGCAGAUCCGGGCGCUUCUUGAAGGGUACGAAAUUCAACGGCUAUGUUCAGCUGGAAAUUGAUGGGAAGAAGAUCCAACGCCAUUGUCUGAACUUCGAGAUCGCCCACGGGCGUGCGAUCGCUUCCGGAAUGGAUAUCGAUCACAUCAUUCCUUCGCCCACACCUAAGGAUGGGUCCGAACGGCAGCCUCAGGACGACAGCUGGGCCAACCUGCAGGAGCUAACCCGGUGGGAGCACAACUCAAAGACCCUUGCGGACAACCCAGACUCGGGCAAGAAGAGGGGUGCUACCCAGGGCUUUCCGAUUAUUGCACUUCAUGCCACGAGCGGCAGAGAGGAAAGGUACAGUUCUAUUACGGAGGCUGCAUCAGCUCUGGGACUUAAACUGUCGACGGUUAAGUUGCGAAUUCGGCAAGGGUCGAGCGAAGAGUAUGGCGGCCACGUGUUCCGCAGGUGCCCGGUGCAUGUUGCAGAACAGGCGGACAGGCCUGGUGAAGAAUGGAAGGACGCAAAGCUGGAUGGGAGGCUGAUCAGAGGCAUAAGGGUGAGCAGCCUGGGGCGCGUUCAGCUCCGUGAUGGGAGGCGGACAGAGGGCAAAGUUAAGCACGGGCGUCACAAGGUCGGGCUUGAGGUCGAUGGGAAGGAUGUUCAAGUCUUCGUUCACAUACUGAUGGUUCACACGUUCAUCGGUCCGCCACCGAGUGACAAGCACACCGUCGACCACAUCGACGGCAACUGCCGCCGCAACGUGAGUGGGAAUCUCCGCUGGGCAACAAAGACACGGCGACCGGCUUCUGCUGGAAGCCGGCACAGCAUGAUGCAUAGGGUAACGGCAAAGGCUGUGUUCUUCGCUCUGGGGCUCUGGUUCUUAGUUGCGGACAACCCACGUGCAAGCAAGAAGGGAGGAGUCACCAAAGGCUUCCCGGUGAUGGCGCUCCAUGUUGCAAGCGGCAAAGAAAACCUGCACGCUUCGGUAAGGGCCGCCGCAUCAACUUUGGGGCUCACCCUGGCGACGGUGCAGAAACGAAUCCGACAGGGGUCGAGCAAGGAGUACCGGGGCUACAUAUUCCGCAGGUGUCCAAAACAUACGGCCGAGCAAGAUGACAGGCCAGGCGAGGUCUGGAAGGAUGCAGAGCUUCAUGGGCGCCUGAUCAAAGGCAUAAGGGUCAGCACCAUGGGGCGGGUCCAGCUCCAGUUCGGGAGGCGCACAGAGGGGUGGAUCGUGAACAACCGGCGCAAUGUCAACCUUCGGGUGGAUGGGCGGACAAAGGUUGUCAAGCUAUAUGUCCUCAUGGCCCACACGUUCAUCGGACGGCCGCCCAGUGCCGAGCACACGGUUGACCACAUCGACGGCAACUCCAUUCACGAUGUCAUCUGGAACCUCCGCUGGGCGACCAGGGUGGAACAAGGCCGAAACAUCAAGAGCAACAGGGCCGUCCACAAGUACGAUCUCCAGGGCACACUCCUGCAGACGUAUGACACAAUCGCAGAGGCCGCAGAGAAGAAUAGGUUGUCAAGGGGACAGGUGAAGUAUGCUGCGAGCACAGGUAGCACGGUGACCCGUUUCUGCUGGGUGUUUGUGUCUUAG